UAAGAUUCGUCAUUCGUCUAAGCUGCUACUUCCUCUCUGCCUUCACCGUUUCACACUCUCUUCCUCUCUGCAAUCUUUACUCUAACAUAUUAUGCAAACCUUCCUCAUAGAUACAUAGAAAGAGACCCUUUUGCCGACUGAAACCAAAGCUGUUCACUUUGUGUUGGUUGCCUUCGGUCUCUUUCAGUUUCAGGUUGAGGUGGCACUCCCAACCAUUUCCUUGCACCUCUUCCAUUUUUUUCCGCCACCUUUUCUCCCAAACCUUUCCCACCAAUUCAGCCUAACCGACAAAACAAAAGAGAACUCUUCCUGGCGUUGAUCUUCAGACGUUGCCGCUUUCUGUUCUUCUUCUCGUAUGCCUUUUUCCUCGGGAUCCGAUCCCACAAGUAAAAAACACAGGUUGUUUGUUUCUUGUGAGAGAACAAAAAGCUAACAGAAAAAGUCGACGGGUUCUGUUCCCGAGGACUUGUGUUUGUUACUAUUUCAAUCUUUUUCAGUGCUUUUAUUGCGUUGAAAAUCUUUGUCUGAUUUAGGAGCUUCCUCUAUAUAUUUUGGAGUUAAAGUUGAGACAUAUCACCACAGCACCAUUUUCAUCUCGGUGCACACAAACACCAACUCAUUUUGGAGGAAGAUUUGUGACAGAACCACCGUGCUCAGAUCUGUGAAGACUAGCUUGAUCUGAAUCAGCAGAGGAGAACAUGGAGAGUUUCACUCAUGUUCCUCCCGGUUUUAGGUUCCAUCCAACAGAUGAAGAACUUGUCGAUUACUACCUUAGGAAGAAAGUGGCUUCAAGGAGGAUUGACCUGGAUGUCAUAAAAGAUGUUGACCUCUACAAAAUUGAGCCAUGGGAUCUUCAAGAGAUUUGCAGAAUAGGAACGGAAGAGCAAAACGAAUGGUACUUCUUUAGCCACAAAGACAAGAAGUAUCCAACUGGAACUCGCACAAAUAGAGCAACUGCAGCUGGGUUUUGGAAAGCGACAGGAAGAGACAAGGCAAUCUAUUCCAAACAUGAACUGAUAGGCAUGAGGAAAACCUUAGUCUUUUAUAAAGGUCGAGCACCAAAUGGACAAAAGUCAGAUUGGAUAAUGCAUGAAUAUCGGCUUGAAACAGAAGAAAAUGGCACUCCACAGGAAGAAGGUUGGGUUGUGUGUAGAGUAUUCAAGAAGAGAGUAACAACAAUGCGUAAAGUGAAUGAGCACGACUCUCCCAGUUGGUAUGAUGAGCAAGUAUCUUUCAUUCAAGACAUGGACUCACCGAAGCAGACCUCUCAAUCUAAUCUGGUCUACCAGCUUCCCUAUCCUUGCAAGAAAGAGCUAGAUGUGCCCUACCAGAUGCCUCGUGACCACUUCCUUCCACUUCUGGAGAGCCCAAAACUGCUUCAAUCUGCUUCAGCCAUAACCCCUAAUCCCAUGGCACCAUAUCUUCUAGAUCAUGUCAACCACUCCACCACUCUGCUUCCCUCGUUACUCAUACAAGAAGAACAUGUUAUUGGUCAGCAAAUAAACUUACAGACAACCUACGACAACAGCAACUGCAAUGAUCAAGCAGUGGAUCAAGUAACUGAUUGGCGAGUGCUUGACAAGUUCGUUGCUUCACAGCUCAGUCAAGAUGGAUCCAAAGAAAACGCCUACUCAAACACCUCAGCCAGUAUCUUUCACGGCAUUGACAGUGGCAAUUGCAAUGUACAGUUCAGACAUUUCGACAAACAUGAGAUGGUGGUGCCUCAAGAAAAUGCCUCAACAUCAAACUCCAGCUGCCCAAUUGCAUUGUGGAAAUAGCGACUGCUUCAUAAAUUGGUUUUGGGUACAUACUAAUUAUAGGUACUUAGCUAAAAACAUCUCUUGCAAGUACUGUUUAAGUGCCUGUACAUAAUAAACGUAUAAUGAGCAAAACUUUAACUAUUGUGGAGCUUCUCGCUCCACUGCAUC